GGGCCUGACAGGAGUCCAGGCUUCGAGCAACGAGCGGGCGAGGCUGGAACUGGAACGCUGGAUGCAAGCCUGAUCUACUCUGCCCUUAACCUAGCUGGUACGAUCCGCGCGUGUGUUCUGGGGCGCUCUCCUCCUCCUCCUCCGUCUCUCCCUUCUCCACUCUCCCCCCUCUCCGUCUCUCUGUCCUUUCUGGGUCGACGGCUGGGCGCCGCCGCCCUUCGUCAGGUCUUCGCCGGCGGCGAUUACACACCAGGUUGAGCAAAUAUUCUUCCACCAAUGGCGAGAGAACCGAGUCCUGAAAUAGAUGAUGAACUUUACAAUGAAGUUUAUGGGAAAGCAUACAGCGGCCCAGUUGCAUCAGCUACAAAUAGUGUGACUCCUAAAGGAAAUGCUGAGAAGAGGCCCCUGACUCGUGAUAAGUCAGAUGAUGAAGAUGAGGCCCCAGAUCCUAAUGCUGUUCCCACGGACUUCACUAGCCGAGAGGCUAAGGUCUGGGAGGCUAAAGCUAAGGCUACAGAAAGGAACUGGAAGAAGAGGAAGGAGGAAGAAAUGAUUUGUAAAAUAUGUGGAGACCCAGGCCAUUUUACUCAGGGUUGCCCCUCCACACUUGGGGCAAAUAAGAGAAAUGCAGACUUUUUUGAAAGAGUUCCAGCAAGAGAUAAGCAAGUCAGAGAUCUUUUCAAUGAGAGGGUAAUAAGCCAGAUUGAGAAAGAUGUGGGGUGUAAAAUCAGAAUGGAUGAGAAGUUCCUGUUUGUCAGUGGAAAGGAUAGAUUAAUAUUAUCCAAAGGUGUUUCUGCUGUGCAUAAAAUUAUUCAAGAGGGUAAGGGUAAACAUAGUCCAAGCAGUCCGAAACACGAUCGCUCUAGGUCGCCUGUACGAAACACUACUGAGUUUCGUUCCAAACACUCUGAUUCUCAUCGCUCACCUAGCCCAAGAAAUUUUGAUUCUCAAUGGUCCCAUAGUCCAAGAAAUGCAUCACUCUCUCAAAGUAAAGGAUACUAUAAUGAAAGACAUCGAGAUGGUCGCUUACACAACAAUAUGCCCAAGUUUUCGAAAGGAUCUCCACAAGCUCAUGCCAACUUUGGAGCAAAAGGCCGUCCAGCCCAAUCAAAAUCUCCACGCCAUACCUCUUAUCUUGAUGAAUUACCUAGAACACAUGGCGAGAAUAACCAAUUUGCUGCAUCACGAGUGCCCAAUGAUUGGGGAAUUGAGAGGCAUGGAGCAGAUGCCAGUUCAAGUCUUAGGUUUGACAUGCCAUCCCACCAACAGACCUUGGAAGAACUUGAGAUGGAGUUUAAAAAAGAAGCUACACAAUUAGCUAGAGCUCGUGACCAAGAGGAGGAUGAAGAGAACUAUAGGCAUCGAGAGUCGCUGAGAGUGAUUAGAGAAAAUUACAUGGAGAGAGUGAUUACCUUGAGGAAUGUGCAUGCAAAGAAGUGGGAAGAAUUUCUUGACACCUUUAAAAGUCAACAACAAGCACAGCCUUCAUACAUACAAACCGGAUAUCUAGGUUUUGAGCAGAGAACGGCACAUAUUUCAGCUACACAUCAACCAAUGGAUUCGAAGAGCACAUAUCCGUAUGCUUCUGAUAGCUAUUCAGCCCCAAAGGCUCAUGCAGCAUAUGGUGAGUUUCAACAUGAGAGGCAUGAUGAUCUUGGGAGGGCCUAUAGGCGAUAUUAGCUGUGAAUAGUGGGCGAUUUUGUGAGGAAUCAGUGUCAAUGGUGCGCUUAGACCUACUUAUCACCCAUUGCUGUUAUGUAGCUUGAGGAGGUAAGCAUUCAUAUAUAGGCAGAACUGUCUCCCAAUUACUUUCUUUGCAGCGUCUACAACCGCAACGGACUGUGGAGCUGUUUCAGGCAUCGUAACAAGCUGCUUUCCAACGAACUAAACUGAAAUGCUAUAAAAAAACAUUGACCUGUAUGACUGUUUUAUCUGCUUGGAAAAAAUCUCCCUGAGUUGGCGUUUAUGUGAACCUAGUAUUUUUUUUGUCAAACCUGGUAUAUCGCUAUGCUGGGUCUAUCCGAAUGGUUGUUUGCAUCAUCCCAUUGUUUUGGAAGGUUUGGCACACGAUAUGAAAGUUAGAACAUGUGGAACAGUCAGCUA